AUGUCUGUCCCAAUCAAUGAAUUGGACAGCCACAUGCACUACCGUGAUGAACAGGUGUUACCCUUGCAUGAGAAAGAGACAAGCCGCCCACAUGAGAUUUUGGGCACAGAAUUUCCAUUACCCUCUGAGAGAGAGGGGCAAAAGAAAGCGAGGAGGAUAAUGGCAGAUACCAGGGGAAGUGCUGUGGGUUGUAAUGAUGGGUGUGGAUGUCCUGUUCCAUGCCCUGGUGGCAAAGCCUGCAGAUUUCAUGCCUCUAAGGUGCUGCUGCUUGAUAUGAAUACAGGUGCAGUUCAGCGAAGGCGAGCGGAGGAGAGGCAGAGGGAGCUGGACACAACAAAUGCUCGUGCGGCGAGCACUGUGGGUGCAAUCCUUGCACAUGCGCCAGGAGCGUGGUGGCUACCGGCGUGGGCAAGGCAUACUGCAAGUGUGGUGCUGGUUGUGCUUGUCCGACUUGCAGCUCCUGAAUGGAAGCUUUAG